AUGAAAAUACUUUAUCUUCGGGCAAAGCAUUCGCAACCAGUAAAUGGACGUGUAGAUAUUAAAAAGAAUCUACUGUUUCAUAAUGAAACAUAUAAUGUGAUAUGUGAUGACGGAUUCUUGUUUGUUAAUACUUGGACCGAUACAUUCCUGGCUCGUGGUGUCAGUUCACUGGGUGUCUUGAAUGACAGGGGGAAUCUUACAGUGAUUUCUUACCCCAAUCUAGCUUACACCUCUCUUGAAUGCAAGGACGCUCGUUUGAAGCCAUGGGUACCUGCCAAUGGAUUCACAGACACCAAAGCUUUGGCUUUUGUUAAAAAUGGGGAAAGCUAUAACGCAUACUGUGGUAGCGAGUUCUUGCUGGCGAACACUACGACGGGAAAAUUCUUAGUUGGUGAUGUCAGAACACUUAGAAUCAAGAAUGAGUUGGGGAAAUUUACAUUGAUUUCUAGCACCUUCAAAGAAUACACCCCUUUGGAAUGCAGGGAUGUUCGGGCAAAUCAGUGGCAACCAAUAAAUGGACAUGUAGAUAUUAAAAAGAAUCUACUGUUUCAUAAGGAAACAUAUAAUGCGAUAUGUGAUGAAGGAUUCUUGUUUGCGAAUACUGAGAACGAUACAUUCCUGGGACGUGGUGUCGGAUCGCUGGGGGUCUUGAAUGAGCUGGGGAAUCUUAAAAUUAUUUCUUACCCCAAUCUAGCUUACACCUCUCUUGAAUGCAAGGACGUAUAA